AUGGCCGCCCAAUGUGCAUUGUCGACACAGCAAUUCAGCAUAGUGUCGUCCGUACACGGCUCCACCACUAAAGCUUCUCGCCUGUCACCUUCCCCGCGGACCGCUGUUAGCUGUUGUUCUCGAAAGGCCGCACUUUCAAGCUCCUCACUCUCAAGUCGUCGCCUCACCGCCUUAGAUUGUAUACAGCAGCACUCUCCGUCUCACACUCUCCUUGCCACGCCUGCACGCGUCGCGCAGCACAUCGCUCGGCGCGCUGUGACCGUGCGCGCUCGCGGAGGCCGCGGCCCGUCGAGCAGGCAAGGGGGGAGCAGAUGGCGGCAGGACGAGCCCCCCAGGCGGAACAGCGGCGACAGCAGCAGCGGCAGCAGAAACGACAACGGCUGGAUGGACCUGGGCGGCAGCCGACGCGAUGCAAAUCUCCCGUGGGAGAGCGACCUUACCGGGCGAGACAGGAUAACGAGAAGAGACGACGUGUGGGGCGGGCGGGGCGUGGGGGAGGAACCACAGUCAAACGACAGAGGAGGCGACUCUUCGUGGGGCAGUGUGGGGGGUAGUGGUGGCGCGCAGGAGAGAAAGGGAUGGAGUAGUUUCCUCCCAUCGUCGUUCUUCCAGCCGCGGAGGGCGGCGGAGACGGACUCUCUUCCUGCGGACGUGCGCGACCAGGCGAUCAAGGGCGUGGAGCAGGCGGGGAGGAGUGGCGCGCGGAGCAGCAGCAGUGCGGGGGGCAGGGAGAAGGGCGUGCGGGUGACGGUGGGGGACGUGGCGGCUGCGAGCGGGCUGAAGGUGACCGAGGCGGAGAAGGCGCUCAAAGCACUCGCGGCUGACGCGGAGGGGUUCCUCGAGGUGUCAGACGAGGGUGACGUGGUGUACGUGCUGCCAUCCAAUCUCUCUGCAGCUGUCGCGCAGCGAUCGCUCUGGCUCAAGCUCAAGCCCUGGAUCGACAACGCCAAGUCAGCAGCGUCAUACGUGGUGCGAGUGGCGUUCGGCACGGCGCUCCUCGCGUCCAUCCUCAUCGUCUACACUGCCAUCUCCGUCCUCCUCUCCUCUCGAAGUGACUCGGACAGCCGGGACAGCAGGGGCGGGGGCGGUGGUGAGGGUGGCAUGUACUACCGCUCGGGCCCCACCUUCUUCUUCAACCCUAUGGAUAUCUUCUGGUACUGGGACCCCUUCUACUACCAGCGCAUGCGGGCCAGCCUUCAAACGCGAGAGAUGAGCUUCUUUGAAUCCGUGUUCUCGUUUGUGUUUGGUGAUGGCGAUCCCAACGACGGCAGGGACGAGGCUCGCUGGCAGCUGGUGGGAGACGUGAUAGCGAGCCGAGGUGGUGUGGUGGCGGCUCAGGAGAUUGCUCCCUACCUCGACCUCCCUGCUGACACUUCGGACGAGUCCUUUAUGCUACCGGUGCUUCAGCGAUUCGAUGGCAGCCCAGAAGUGGACCCACAGGGCAACAUCCUCUACACCUUCCCGCUGCUGCAGCGCACGGCCGGUGAUCUUGCAGGCAAGCAGCGCAAGCAGCCCAGCCCAGCGUUGGACCCCGUGCAGCAGACACGCUACUUCGCUGAGAACCUCUGGACCUUCAGUGAGGCUCCGGCAUGGAAGCGUACGCUAGCAGCAGGGCUAGGUGUGGUGAACGUGGUGGGGGUCGUCUGGCUCUCCUCCCUCCUCAGCGAUCCGGCAAUAGUGCGGGAGGCAGGAGUGGAGUUCGUUCAGCUUAUCUCCUCGCUCAUGCCAUGGUUGCAGGGCUAUGCAGCGGUGUUCUUUGCCAUCCCUGCAGUGCGCUACCUGUGGCUGCAGCGCGCCAAUGAGACCAUCGCCCUGCGCAACUCCCGCCGCCAGCAGAGCGCCUUGCAGCUCGCCCAGCCCAACGCUCAGCUCCGCCGCAAGUUGGCAAACGCGCGGGAGCAGGCGCGCAGCAUGGUGGUAUCAGAGGACAAGGUGAUCUACACCACGGCCAAGGACGUGGCAGAGCAAGACCUGGAGGCCCGCGAGUGGGAGAGGAAGCUGGAGGGCCGCUGA